AUGAAGAAUGUCAACUAUUCCCGCUGCGGUCUCGUCAUACACCCUGAUGUCCCCUGGCUUGGUGCCUCACCAGAUGGAUUGAUCUACGAUCCCAUGGAGUGCCCACCUUUCGGAUUGGUUGAGAUAAAGUGCCCCAAUGUCAAAAACGAUGUUGAUUGUAAAUAUCUGCAAAUGCAACAUGGCACUGCUACUUUACAGAGGAGACAUGCGUACUAUUGGCAGGUGCAGGGCCAACUGCUCAUUACUGGGCUACAGUGGUGUGACUUUGUUGUCUGUGCCCAAGAAGAUGUGCUUGUGCAGCGACUGCACCUUGACCCGGAGGUCACAGGGGUGAUCAGAGAGAAGGCAGACUACUACUACUACUACGUCAACAUCUACAUGCAGAAUUACUUGUCUCUGAAGCCACAGCACUAA